AUGGAGCGCGGACACUUUGCUCGUCUGCCAUCACCCGACUCUCACUCGGAAGAUAUCUCGGUUGUGUUCAAGUCCGGGUCCAAGUUGGGCAAGGUGGAAAAGAGACUUAUUUGGCUACUUGGCCUCCUAGGUGUGGAUGGCACUUACUUGUCUUUAGCUGGUAUGUCUCUCAUCGUGGACGAGCUAGAUCGACUGCUUCAAUCAGAUGCAAAAGUGCGGGAAUUGCUCUCUUCGUACAUCACUACGGUGGUGGGUGAUAUCUCAAUCAUCUCUCAGUGUUUGCACCAGUUGGAAAUCUACUACCCAUGGACCCGAGGCUUUGAUAUUGAACCUGCCGAGCGUAAGGAUAGAUUCAGCCAGGACUACACAGAGCGGACGAUGCCAUCUGCCCGGAUUCUCGCCGGGCUUCAUGAUACAAACAUCUUGAAGCAAGCUGCGAGUCUUAGCGAUCCUUCAGGUGGGAAAUUUACCUAUCCUGUUGAAAAGCGCCGGAUUAAAGAAAACGUCGCGGCGCUGCGCAGCGCUGAGAAUCAUCUUGAUGCUUUCUGGGCUGCUGUUGACCAGGCCAUGAUUGGCAACACUGGUGAUGUGAGUGGCACAGCUGUGCAUGAUCUCCUGUCCCAGCCGCGCAUCUUCCAGCGCACUCCGGAGUGGGUUGAGCCUACAAACCCUACACAAAACAAAUCAGGUGAUUUGAUCUUGACUCUUCUCAAACCCAUUCCGAUCUUCCGGGGGAAACAAUGA